AUGCAGUUGGAUUUUGGUGAAACUGAAUAUAUUUUGAUUAGUUGGUUAAGAGUUGAUCCUUAUGUGGAUCUACUCCAUGAUGAAAGAGGUCAUUCAAAUUCAAAUCUUUGUGCUCGAUUGUUCUCAUACAUUACAGAUGCACAUUUGUGGCUCAAAGAUUUAGAAGACUACAUUAUGUCUCCAAAUUUUUUCGCACUUCAGGAUGAAGAUGUUGUAAUGCUUAUCCAGCUUGUUUUUAUGUUGAAAGGUCUCCACAGACGAGACGUUAAAACGGGCAUUCAUGUGGCAGUAUACAAGCUUGAUGAUAAUAUAGAUGAAUGGAACAGUUAUUACAUUUAA